CUUCUCUAUCUUUGCUCCACUGAAAUUUAUGAGAACCCAAACCUCCAUUUUGGUGAGAUCUGCAGUUUAACUUUGUUAAAAGACAACCUUAACUUUCCCUUUUGCCCUUGUUUUUCCUCCCCUUCUCUCCUGCCUCAAAAAUGGAAGCUUUUCAUUCCCCACUUGGCUUUCCCUUUCCAUAUGGCUUUCCCACCAUGGCAAUGAACAUAUGUGGGACCACAAACCCACCACCCCCCAUUGCCACCAUUUGGAUGGACAGUAGAAUUUGGAGUAAACUCCCUCAGAGGCUAAUUGAUAGGAUCAUUGCUUGUCUCCCCCCACCUGCUUUUUUCCGGGCAAGAUUAGUCUGCAAAAGAUGGUAUGCCCUUCUCUUCUCCUCCACUUUUCUUGAACUUUAUCUCCAGGUAUCCCACCAUUGCCACUGGUUCAUCUUCUUCAAGCACAAGACCUUGAAAACCUACAUCUAUAAAAAUGGCUCUGAUAGAGCAAUACAUGAAGGGUUCCUCUUUGAUCCCUACACGCUCACAUGGUACCGCCUUCCGUUCCCUUUGAUCCCGCCGGGGUUUUUUCCGGUCACCUCCUCCGGUGGGCUGAUCAGUUGGGUUUCUGAGGAGGCCGGCUCAAAGAACGUCCUUUUAUCCAACCCCCUUGUUGGGUCCUUGAUCCCAAUCCCCCCAACUCUAAGGCCUAGGCUUUUCCCUUCAAUUGGGUUGAACAUCGCAAACUCUUCAAUUGACCUGGUGGUGGCCGGCGACGACUUGACGUCUCCCUAUGCAGUCAAGAAUCUCACGACGGAGAGCUUCCAUGUCGACGCUAAUGGGUUCUACUCCAUCUGGGGCACCACCUCUUCUCUUCCAAGACUCUGCAGCUUUGAAUCAGGUAAGAUGGUGUUCGCGGAGGGGAGAUUCUACUGCAUGAACUCGAGCCCCUUCAGCGUCCUCUCCUACCACCUCUCCUCCAACACCUGGUCCAAAAUCCAAGCCCCGAUGCGGCGGUUCUUGCGCUCCCCGAGCCUGGUGGCGAGCGCCGGGGGGCGGCUGCUCAUGGUGGGCGCGGUGGAGAAGAGCAAGCUGAAUGUCCCCAGAAGCCUCAGGCUGUGGGCACUGCAAGACUGUGGGAGCAUGUGGGUGGAGAUUGAGAGGAUGCCCCAACAGCUAUAUGUGCAGUUCUGUGAAGUGGAGAAGGGGGAAGGCUUCAACUGCAUUGGGCAUGGGGAGUUUGUGGUGAUACUCAUCAAGAACUCAUCAGACAAGGCUAUGGUGUUUGAUUUCUGUAGCAAGAGGUGGGUGUGGGUCCCUCCUUGCCCCUUUGUCCAUCAAGAUUCUAACAAUGGUGGAGGAGGUGAGUUGCAAGGGUUUGCAUAUGAGCCCAGAUUGGCUACCCCAGUAGCUGCACUUCUUGAUCAGUUGACACUUCCCUUUCAGUCUUUCAGUGGUUAGUGGUUUAGUUUUAGUUUAAUUUGUGGAUUCAUUUUGGGUGAUUAGGUUAAUUAGUAGCUAAGUGGAUGGUAGGUCUUUGUAUGUAGUUCAUUAUUAUCUGAUCUGUUUUGAAACUAUCUAGUAGGGC